ACAAUCUCGAGCUUCGACCUCGUCAACCACAACCACUCUCUACUCACCAUCCACCAUAAUGCGUCCAGUCCCAGCUUCUGCAGGCCCUGCCUUGCGCAGCUGGACCCGACACUCCCUCCCGACCUCGACAUCCUCAUCCUCCCGUCUGGCCGCAGCCUCCGCCACCACAAUAGCUUCCUCCCCGAGUUCCCAGCGACGGAGCGAAUCCAAUGCCACUGCUUCCUCGAGCUUCCAGAGUCCCUUCAGAGCGGCCGAGAAGAAGGACACCACCAAGAUCCCAAGCUUCGGGGCCUACAAGUCCGGAAAAUCCGAGGUCACCAACCGAGUCUUUGGCUACUUCAUGGCCGGAUCAAUGGGAAUGCUCGCCGCAGCUGGCGCGAAGAACACCGUGCAGGAUUUCCUAGUCAACAUGUCUGCGUCCGCUGAUGUCCUGGCCAUGGCCAAGGUCGAAGUUGACCUCGCCGCCAUCCCAGAGGGCAAGAACGUGAUUAUCAAAUGGCGAGGCAAGCCAGUCUUUAUCCGUCAUCGAACGGAAAGCGAAAUCAAGGAGGCCGAAUCCGUCAACAUCUCCAUCCUCCGUGAUCCUCAGAAAGACGAAGACCGUGUCAAGAAGCCCGAAUGGUUGGUCAUGUUGGGUGUCUGCACUCACUUGGGUUGUGUGCCCAUUGGUGAAGCCGGUGAUUUUGGUGGUUGGUUCUGCCCGUGCCACGGUUCGCACUACGACAUCUCUGGACGUGUGAGAAAAGGACCGGCACCUCUGAACUUGGAAAUCCCGGCGUACGAUUUCCCAGAGGAAGACAAACUUGUCAUUGGUUAAACUCGAAAAACAUUGGAAGCAAUUGAACAUCUUUUUGCGUUGGCUCUGGUGAGAGAUUUGCUUUCUUUUUUCCCCCGAGGGUCGAUGCGUUGUCCGUCUAAGUACAGACGCUCCGCAGGAUCACGGAAAAAUGAAAGCUAGCUUCUGUACAUAUUAGAGAAAGGAGGAGUAUACUGGCGAGCCGACACUUGUGGUAGGUGGUGAUAAGUCGUGUUUAGAGAGACCAGAAAAGAGAACCCAAUCAAAAUAUCAAUUGAAAACAAG